GGUUGGUGCUCCGUCAUGAGUCUUGGCAACUGAACGCCAGCAAAAAACUCCCUCUGCAUGUAUCCAACCUCCUCGUGUCUCCACGCCCCGCGAAUCAUUCAUCAACUCCCUCCAUACUACUAGCAUCUGGAUUUGCCCCGCGUGCAAUGCCGCGGCUGGCUCUGACACCAGAGCUUCCUCGGCGAAUGGCGGCAUGCCAUCCAGCUUCUCUCUGUUUACGAACGCACAACCAUUUGCGAAGAUGGAUUAGCUCGCAAGGGGACGCUACUGCUGGCCGCUCAUUAGCUUGCACCUGGCUAACUACAACGCCUGAAAAAAUCACUCCAGACGAGAUUCUUUCUAGUUCUCCCAUUCCAGAGCUCAAACCAGAGCAUGGAUACACUCCAGUUCUUCUCGUUACCCCUGCAUUUGCCCACCUGGUGGACUCCAGCCACAAUUUCCUCGAGCAAUGGAUGAAUCGGCUUUAUUCUAGCCCCUCGGACCACACCUCCCGAACCCCUCGACAUGCCGUCGUCGCAAUCGUCGACCGCCUGCCCAACAAUGGUUUCACAGCUGGUGAUAAAACUGUGACUGAGGCGGAUGGCGUUGCCAUUUUAUUUUCGAAGGCAGAGGACAUCCAAGGGAAAGUAGCCCCGCCACGUCAAGUCCGCGCUCUGGAAGCUGAGGAACCGACUUUGCUCUUUUCAUUCCGAAAGGAAGUUGAAAGCACUGGCGACGAAAUUACAUAUCGGCCAACCCACGAGAUCGGCCUACGGCUCGCCAAUACCAUAUUUGUAAAUGGAAAGGAGAGCACACUAUUUGGAACUCGCUGGGUCUACGACCCUACUUUGAAAAGGCUCGCCCUGGAAAAGUUGGCAGAUCUCUCCACGUGCGUGGUCACCGUAAAUCCACAAGAUAUCCGCCAAUCGCUCGAGCUUCCUCUGCAUCCUAUUGGUGAGCGACGAAAAGUUAUCUCGAGCAUGGGGAAUAUUCUACGCCAGAUAGCAAAACAUACCGACGCUCAAUCAAGCGAUCCGAUGCCAGCUUCGGCCGAAUUGGAGAAGGAACUUCCGCGCUACAUCGCUGAGCACGGGAUUGCCGAUCGGAGAGUUUCGGUUUGGGCUUUGGUCGAGACGACUGCUGAUAGUGCCUUCGCCAAGUCAGGCUAUACGGCAGACAGUCUUGCAAAGUCGAUCCAAAUGGGCGGCAAGCUCCAUCGCGUCAUGAGUGGCGGAGGUGGGUGGGGAAAGAAACAAGGCCUUCUAUCGCUGGACCCCGAAACAAGCUUUCACCAAGCUGGCAGCACUCAACUAUUCACCCUCAACUAUAUCCUCUCUUCAGAUGCCGAUAUCUCUGUCCAAGAGACUUUCCUAUCUUGUGAGAAAGGACCGAUAGUGGAAGAUCUAUCAACAUUGUCCCAGGCUGCAGGAGCUGGGGAUUACAUUCAAUUUUUUGCCUCUACAGAGCCAAUCCAUACGCAGGAAUCUCGUCUUGAAGCUCCGAAAGCUGCAACAGAAAGACUCACCUGCCAUUUUGGCCUAGUCUCCGACGCUGAAACCGCUACAAGCCAAGCCGGUGAACAAAGAAACCUCCUGAUUGCGCCCAACUUCUUUGGGGCAUUAUCAGAGAAAGCCAUUACGUAUCUCCAGCCCGUGGUCGGGGUUAGCUCCAACCAACCUCUCCUAGAAACUCGCACUAAGAUUGAUAUUCCUGGAUCCCGGGUUGAGCUGGUGCUAAAGUGAAUUGAGUCCCAAAGCAGAUACCUUAACCUUUCCGCCCUUUUGCGGCGGGCCAUUAAG